AUGGGCAGCCUGUUUGGUGGAUUGGGAGGUGGAAUAGGGGGCGGUGCCCCCGGCUUCAACCUCACUGGCCUGAACUUCACCGAACUCCUCCAAGGCGGGGGGCCUGGCGGUGGCUCUGGAGCCUAUAAAGCCAAUUACACGACCGAUUCGACAUUGGUUAACAUGACCAUCUAUGCGCCUCUCACGCCGCCGACGGAUGUCGAACUGCCAGUGCUAAUCUUCGGAGAAUGA